AUGGCGAAGAGAAUACUGGUCACUGGGGCCACUGGAAACCAAGGCGGUUCUGUCGCAAAACUACUUAUCAAGCACCCAGACCAAUAUGUCGUCCGCGCCCUGACGCGGCACCCCAGCUCACCAGCAGCAAGAAGCCUCUCCGACGCCGGUGCAGAAGUGGUGAAGGGCGACUUAACAGAUCCAUCGACUUUACCUGCGGCGUUUAAUGGGUGCUGGGGUGCAUUUGUGGUCACCAACUUUUAUGAUUCUAGCAUCCAGGAUGAUCCAGCCAGUGAGGAAGAGCAAGGUAAGAAUGCCGCCAAAGCCGCUCUCGCCGCUGGGGUUCAAUGCUUUGUGUGGAGCACCCUCCCUAGCUCGUUGGAAAUAUCUGGCGGCCAAGUCUGCUGUGAGAUCUACGAAGGCAAACACCGCGUGGACGGAUUCAUCCGGAGCAUUGGCCUUCCUGCUGCUUUUGUCUACACGGGCAAUUUUUACGAGAACAUGAUUUUGAGAGGACAUGUCAAGAAGAGCCAGGACGGUAAAGGCCUCGAAUUCAGGCAGCCCAUUAUAGCAGAAAAUACGAGAUUGCACAUGCUAUGGGUUCAACGAGACCUAUCCGCUGUCGUCAAGGCCAUCUUGGACCAUUGGGAGACCAAGAAAGCGGCCUUGUUACACCAGCAUCUCUACGCUAUGGACGCGAUACACACCCCUAGCGAAGUUUGCGCGACCAUCGAAAGAGUGGCUGGAGUUCCCACGAAAUAUGUCAUUCUCCCCAAGACAGGUAACGAGUCCCGUGAUAUCAUGUUCAAUUUGUACAACAAGACCGGCACGUAUCCUGGUGUAACACUGCCUGACCCAAAAGUCCUCGGCCUCGGGGUCAAGCUGCACAGCCUCGAGCAGUUUCUGCUGGAAGAUUUGGUGCCCUAUCUCAAGACAACGGGCGAUUUGUAA